AUGGAGCGCUUAUCGCUAAACGACAGCCCUGCCAAUGCGCAGCGGAAUCCUCAACAACAGCAACAGCAACAGCCUCAGCAGCAGCAGCAGCAGCAGCAGCAGCAGCAGCAGCAACAGCAAUUUCAACAACAGAAUGCCCUUGGCCCGGCCGGUCAAAUGCCUACCUCCGGCCCCCCGCAACUUCCGCCACAGAUGUUCACUACCGCCGCACAGCUGCUAGACCUGACAGAUAAGAAGCUUGUGCUCGUUCUACGCGAUGGAAGAAAACUAGUCGGUGUGUUGCGAAGCUGGGAUCAAUUCGCGAACCUGGUCCUCCAAGACACUGUCGAAAAAAUCUACGCCGGAAAAGUUUAUGCUGAUGUCCCGCGCGGAAUCUUCCUCGUGCGUGGUGAGAACGUGUUGCUGUUGGGUGAAGUGGAUCUUGACCGCGAAGACGACCUUCCCACUACAGUAACGAAGGCUCCUUUCGAGGAGGUGUUCGAGCUCAAGAAGCAGGAGGAUAGCAAACGCAAGGCUGGUGAUAAGAAACGAUACACCGAGUUGUCAGCUCUAGGAUUCGAGCCUGAGCACAGUGGUGAGAUCUUAUUCUAG